GAUCAGACUUCUAAAAUUUUUAGAGGUUGGAUGAAUAUGAUGGAAGUAACUGUACUACUUAGAGACAUGAACAAUUCAAUAGACUUAAAUGUGUCGGAACAGCCUGACUCUCAAGAGAUUUUCGAGCCUUUUUCUAAUAAAACCAUGAUACCGAAAGGUUCAAAAUCUAAACACGCGUCUGGAUCAAAUACUUUCGCGUCACAGGAUUUGGAUCAAGAAACACAUACCCUGAGUAAUCAAAGGAGAAAGCAAAAAAUCCCAAAAGAAACUCCUUUGCCAAAAAUGAUAAUGUUUGUGUUGAGUGUUAUUGUAUUUAGUGAACCAAUGAACUCUACGAUAUUAUUUCCUUUUAUAUAUUUUAUGGUACGAGAUUUUGGAGUUAGCAAAGAUGAAAAAGAAAUUGGUAGAUAUGCUGGAUUAAUAGCGUCAUCAUUCUUUCUCGCUCAAUUUUGUUUUGCCAUAUUUUGGGGGGUGAUUUCUGAUAGAAUUGGUAGACGUCCAAUUCUUUUGAUCGGUUUGUUAGGAAACGUGGUAACUUGUUUGUUCUUUGGUCUUAGUAAAUCACUUAUUUGGGCCAUUGCAUCUCGUGCAACUUGUGGCAUGCUUAAUGCUAACGUUGGUGUUGCAAAAAGUAUGCUUGGAGAAUUGACUGAUCGAACGAAUCAAACUAAAGCUUUUUCACUCUUUGGCUUUUGUUGGGGAUUUGGUCCAAUAACUGGUGGAUAUCUAUCAAACCCUGUUGACCAUUUCCCAGGAAUUUUUGGGAACUGUGUUUUUUUGAAACAGUACCCUUAUUUUCUUCCAUGUGCUGUUGCAGCUUGUAUUAGCUUUACUGGAUUCGUCAUAGGAUUCUUUAUGCUUCCCGAAACUCGAUUUCGCAAAGUUUCGACUGAUCCUGAACAAAUACCUUUUUUACCUUCUAAUAAGAAAAUUUAUGGUUCUGUCAUAACGAGUAACGAAAUAGGUGAUAAUAACAGUGGUAAAAUUAGUAUUGAUGAUAUUCGCUCGGUAACUUCAAAUGAUGUAAUUGGUGUUGACAAAAGUUCGACAAAUCAGCAAAAAAUUAUUGUUAAUAGCGGCAUUUCCACAAUAACUUAUAUUGUGAUUGCAAGUUAUGCUAUUAUAUGUUUCCAUACUAUUAUUGUAGAUGAAGUGUACUCUAUUUAUUCCGUCACUGCGAUUAAAGAUGGUGGUCUAGGAUUUGGUUCCAGCGAUUUGGCUUUAACUCUGGCCUUUAUGGGUGUAGUACAACUUACUUGCCAGUUUUUAAUCUAUCCUCAUUUAAGACGUCUAGUGGAUACUGUGAAAAUGUACCAGAUGUCUUUGAUCGCUUAUGUGCUUUGUUAUUGUAUAUUUCCGUCGAUCAACUUACUUCAAAGAAAAUUAAUUGAGCGGGAAAUUGCUCCAAACAUAAACAAUUCGGCAUCAUCAGACGUUCUUGGUACAGUUAACGGAAUUGGUCAAACUUCAGCAUCUCUUACUCGUGCCUUAGGUCCAGCUUUGGGUGGCUUCCUAUGGUCUUGGUCAUUGACAAAUAAUUUAAGUUUCCCGUUUGAUUAUUUUUUCAUUUACAUAAUAAUAUCCGCUGCUACAUUUAUUGGUUGGAUUCAAAGUUUUAAUAUACCCUCUGAAUUAGGGUAUCUGGAUGAUAAUUUAGUUAAAAUUAGUGAGUAA